AUGGCGUCCCCCGCGGCGGGCGACCUGAAACAGGCGCUGCCCUGCGUGGCCGAGUCGCCGGCCGUCCACGUGGAAGUGCGGCAGCGCAGCAGCAGCACUGCCAAGAAAGAAGACGUGAAACUGGCCGUCCGGAAGCUGCUGGCCCGCCACAACGUCGUGUUUGGGGACUACAAGUGGACCGAGUUCGACGACCCUUUCCUGAGCAGAAACGUGCAGUCCGUGUGCAUCGUGGACACGGACCUGAAUGCUAAAGACUCCCAGCCCAUCAACCUGUCGGACUGCCCACUGACGCUGUACGUCUUCCAAGUGAACGAGGACGGGCCCACCAGUGAAAACCUGGAGGAAGAGACAGAGAGCAUUGUGGCGGCCAACCACUGGAUCCUGCCUGCAGUGGAAUUCCAUGGGCUGUGGGAAAGCCUGGUGUAUGAUGUGGAAGUCAAGUCUCAUCUCCUGAAUUAUGUGUUGACCACCUUGCUGUUCUCUGAGAAGAGCGUUGAUAGCAACCUGAUCACCUGGAACCGUGUGGUGCUGCUGCACGGUCCCCCGGGGACUGGCAAAACCUCCCUGUGUAAAGCGCUGGCCCAGAAGUUGACCAUCCGGCUCUCCAGCAGGUACCGGUACGGCCAGCUGAUUGAGAUAAACAGCCACAGCCUCUUCUCCAAGUGGUUCUCAGAAAGUGGCAAGCUGGUGACCAAGAUGUUCCAGAAGAUUCAGGAUCUGAUUGACGACAAAGAUGCCCUCGUGUUUGUGCUCAUCGACGAGGUGGAGAGCCUCACCGCUUCCCGAAACGCCUGCAGGGCUGGCACAGAGCCCUCGGAUGCCCUCCGCGUGGUCAACGCCGUCCUGACCCAGAUAGACCAGAUCAAGAGGCACUCUAACGUCGUGAUCCUGACCACGUCCAACAUCACUGAGCGCAUCGACGUGGCCUUCGUGGACAGGGCUGACAUCAAGCAGUACAUUGGGCCUCCGUCGGCAGCUGCCAUCUUCAAGAUCUACUUCUCGUGCCUAGAGGAGCUCAUGAGGUGCCAGAUCAUCUACCCUCAGCAGCAGCUCCUGACCCUGCGGGAGCUGGAGAUGAUCGGCUUCAUCGAGAACAACGUGUCCAGGCUGAGCCUUCUGCUCAGUGACAUCUCCCGGAAGAGUGAGGGCCUCAGUGGCCGUGUCCUGCGGAAGCUGCCCUUCCUGGCCCACGCGCUGUUCGUGCAGGCCCCCACGGUCACCAUCGAGGCCUUCCUCCAGGCCUUGUCCUUGGCGGUGGACAGACAGUUUGAGGAGAGGAAGAAGCUCUCGACUUCCAUCUGACCCUCAACCAGCUCCCUGCAGCACCCCACGGGGCCACUUUGUCCCCUCCCUGCCAGUGCGGACUUCACACCCCCACAGCCCCUGCCUGUGACCUCUUAGAUGGCACAGUCCCACGGCCGCCCUGUGCUCAGGCUCCGUAACAGGAGGCGGGCCAUCUCUGGGGACAGGCCAGCCUUGUCCUCUGUUGUCAAGUGUCCCCAAGGGCUGUCAUUGAAGUGUCUCUGAAGAGCAGCCUCAGCCUUGCCCCCC